CUUUCUUCGUUUCUGCCCAAACUGAUGAAUCCAAGAGCAGUAGCUAUGCAUAUUGUACACAUGGUGAGUUGACACAGCAACACGAUAAUAAGAAAGCAAUAAUGCAGCCCAGAUUAGCACCGGCAGGGAGAAAAGAAAUCGAAAGGAAAUCAGGAGAGGAGCAGAAGCAUCAAGCUCAAGCUGAUUCAGCACCUCAACUCGAGGAAGGGGACCUCAUGAGCUGCCACUCGUCCUCCUCCUGUCCCCCACACAUUUUCCUGCCAAAUUCCACACGAACUCUGCAAGCAAAUCAAAACUCCCUCUCUCUCUCUCCCUCCCUCUCUUUCUCUCAACCAAGACCAAGAGCACACACACAGGAGCACUAGGACAGGACAAGUUGUUGCCGCAGAUAGUUGCAUCCAUCAUCCAUCAUCCAUGCCACCAUAGCUCAUCAUCACCAGAGACUUGCUAGCUCUCUGUGUCCUCCCAUGGCGUUCUUGCACAAGCUCCACAAGUGCAGGCGCAAUGCCGUUGCCGCCGUCGCGAGCGUCUGCUUCCUGGUGCUCGUCCUCGUCUUCUCCGUCUUCCUUGCCGCGCGGCACGUCCACGACGUUGCGGGAAUCUUUGGCGCUUCUGGGAUUGAGGCUUCCUCCCUGCGCCAAAAAGAAGAGCAGGGGAGCUGCCAGGAGCUGCAGUCGCUGCCGGACGACGGCGCGAGGUGCCGGUACCUGGUGUCGCACACGCCGUGCGCGCCGCAGGGCUACGUCGACUACCUGCGGCUCUUCUACUGCGGCUUCGGGCGGGCGCCGUGGUUGGGCGGGGCCGCACUCGCGCUGUGGCUGCUCGUUCUCUUCUACCUCCUCGGCGACACGGCGUCCGAGUACUUCUGCGCGUCGCUCGAGGGGCUCUCCACCGCGCUGCGAUUGCCGCCUGCAAUCGCGGGGGUCACGCUCCUGUCCCUCGGGAACGGGGCGCCGGACGUGCUCUCCAGCGUCGUGGCGUUCGCUGCUUCCGGUGGAGGUGGCGAGGACGCCGGGGACGUGGGGCUAAGCAGCGUGCUCGGCGGCGCGCUGUUCGUGUCCACGGUCGUCGCCGGCGUGGUUUCCAUAGCCGCUGGAAACCGAGGAGCCGUGGCGAUCGAGCGGCGCGGGUUCGUGCGAGACGUGUGCUUCCUACUGGUGGCGCUGGGUUACCUCCUCGCCGUGCUGCUCACCGGCACCGUCACCGUCUGGGCCGCCGCGUCCUUUCUCUCCCUGUACGCCGCGUACGUCCUCCUCGUCUGGACUUCUCACUGCUGCGCCGCCGCCAGCGACGACGACGACAAGCUGGAGGGCAGCAAGCCCGAGCCCUCCGACCUCGCCGCCCCUCUCCUCCUCGACGGCGACGAGCCGGUGCCGCCUCCUCUCCCCGUGUCCUCCAAGCCCACUGCAGCGCCACCGCCAAGAACCUUCUCCCGCUGCGUCCUGGACGCGCUCCAGUCGCCGCUCUACCUCCCGCGCCGCCUCACGAUCCCGGACAUCGCCGCGCGCCGGUGGUCCAAGCCCUACGCCGUCGCGUCCGCGCUCCUCUCCCCUCUCCUCCUCGCCGCCAUCUCCUCCCCAUCCAGCCCCGCCGUCCUCCUCCUCGGCGCUCUGGCCGGCACGCUCCUCGCGGCCGCCGCGGCCCACGCCACAGCCACCUCCGCGCCGCCCAACAGCCGGUGCGCCCGACUCCCGUGGCUCGCCGGCGGGUUCCUGAUGUCCGUGCUGUGGUCGUACAUGCUGGCGCGCGAGCUCGUCGCGCUGCUCGUGACCAUCGGCUACGUGGCCGGCGUGGGGGGCAGCGUGCUGGGCGCGACGGUGCUCGCGUGGGGCAACUCGCUGGGGGACCUGGUGGCCGACGUGGCAAUGGCCAUGCACGGCGGGCCCGGUGGGGCCCAGACGGCGGUGUCGGGGUGCUACGCGGGCCCGGCCUUCAACACGGUGGUGGGCCUCGGCCUGUCGCUGACGCUGGCGGCUGGGGCCCGCUACCCGGAGCCGUACGCGAUCCCGGUGGACGCGUCCGUGUAUGAGGUGGUGGGAUUCCUUGCGGCGGGGCUGGUGUGGGCAAUGGUGGUGCUGCCCAUGAGGGGGAUGAGACUGGACAGGGUGCUGGGGGUGGGCUUGCUGCUCAUCUACCUCGGCUUCCUCUGCAUUAGGUUAGGGACUCUGAGUUUCAGGUCACACUUGUUUCUUCCUCUGCAAUCUUCAUUAGGUAGGACUCUAUUAUAUUAAGAGGCAUUUGAUGGUGGUAAUUGCAAUUGGAUCAUUAAUA